UAACGCAUCCUUCAGUAUGUCCUUCACAGCUACCACCAAGAGGUGAAGAAAGUCAUAGAUGCAGCCCAAGGUAGCUGGGAGAGAUUCAAGGAGGGGAUGCAGAGGAAAUACCGCCUGGGAGACCGAUUGUUGACUACCGCGGACCUUGAAGCGAUGAAYAAAGAGGAUUUUACGACGAUAGGGGCCUUUGUGCAAGAAUUUAAGAAGAGGGCGCGGAAGGUCCAUGGGAUUUCAGAGGAAGCACAGUGCGCCAUCGUCCUGGGGCUACUCACGACAUCGGAGGCCGUCGAGUUGACGAGAUAUGGAGGAGGUAGCACUAAGCUCACCUGGGCCACCAUCGAUAGAGGGGUGGAAGUGGGAUGUUUGGACCAGGUCGARCAACGUYAGGUACGCCUGCAAAGGCAGAAGAGAAAGGAAAGAGAUGCGACUGCUUCUGGGACCCCGGGAGUAACAAGGAUUGUUACAGAUGUAUUGGCGCAGCUAGGGUAUGCGACAGAGCCGGUGGUGCAAAGGAGGGUGGUGACGGCUGUCAAAGUGAAAGGAAAGGAGCCAGUGAUAGAGGAGGCUGUUCAGGAGGAGCUCUGGGAAGAGKAAGAACCGGUGCCGCAGCACCUGACAAAAGUCCAGCGCAAAGUGCGUAAUUUGGCGCAGGGCGGACAGGGGUCAGGAAAAGCGCAGGCACCUCAGACCCGGGCAGCAGCCCCUUUAAAUGUGGCGGCCCCAUCAUCUAGUACGGGUCCCUCGCAAGGCGGGGCGCCCUCCUACGGACAGUGGCCCUGGCCGGUGAUCAACGCAAUUGUGCCGUGGGGAAGCCCGCCACCAGUAGCCGGACUGCAAACGAGUAUGCCACCGCCCAUCUACCCCGCAGCCCAGGCCCAGCCUAUGGCCCCGCCGCCGUCACCUGCUCCUAGUUCACAGGGCAGUGUGGCGGGAGGUGGRAACCAGGGGCAAGGCGAUCAAGGCAACGGAGGUAGGGGUGGAGGAAGGGGCCGAGGCAGGAAUGGCGGCGGAAGGGGAAGGCAAUGGAAUGGCCAAGGCCAUGGGUACCAAGGCCAGGGGAGUCAAGGCCAUGGGUACCAAGGCCAAGGGAGUCAAGGCCAGGGGUAUCAAGGCCAGGGCUAUCAAGGCAAGGGGUAUCAAGGCCAGGGGGAUCAGGGAAGUCAGGGGUAUGGAAGGCCCCGUUUUGACUGGAGGACGGUCAUCUGUCAACAUUGUGACCAACAAGGUCACACUAUAAGGUUUUGUAAUCUAAGACGGGAGGACGAGAGAAGCGGACUAAUUUCCUCUACUAUGGAUGGGAAUAUCUAUGAUCAGUUUGGGGAGGCCAUYGACAGAAGGCUUGGAGGAGUGAGGGCUGAAGCCCAACGAAGAGCGGCAGCUGGGCCGCAACCCCCUGCCAUGKUCAGGCUAUGGCAGGAAAAGGUGGAACSCCUGAUUGGGGAGGAGGAAGUAGGGAGUGAUGAAGAAGUGUUUCAAGGGCUACUAGGAAGAAGUAAAGAGGAAKAGCCCAUUAUCACUGAGGUARAAGACGGAAAUAAGGAGGAAAGAACGGAGCCUCCGUCAGUCUUAUAUGGGAAGAUGGAAGRCCUGCURGAUAAGAUGGGGAGGUACCAACGRAAGCUGGUGGGYCUCUGUGAGGAAGUGAAGAGAUGGAAAUCUAGYRUCCCCAAGGUGUUCCUCUACGACUCCGGUCCGGAAUCAGCACCUGGGCGACCCGGAGUAAAUGUGGUGGGGUCAUGCCCACAAUCAGGAAUGAGGGAGGGUCCCACGCCGCCCCGUGCGGUGCCGGACCGAUUGCGCCCGACAACGCCCCUAAGGGUGGUGACAGCCCCUUAGGGAAGCAAGCUUGUGCCCCGCGGGAACCUGUCCUGUCGUAGGGGACCGCGGGAUGUACAACUGGCGCACCCGGCUAGAGCGGCGAAAGG